CGCCUAAUUGAUAAGACAAAAGUGACGUGCCUGAAGUGGCUGCCGUCGUCACCGAACCUGUUCCUGGCCGCCCAUGCUUCUGGGCAUCUGUAUUUGUACAACGAGGAGUUGCCGUGCACGCCAACAGCGCCCAACUAUCAGCAGUUCAAGAUGGGCGAGGGCUUUGUCAUCUACACGUGCAAGUCCAAGUCGACGCGCAAUCCGCUGUACAAGUGGUCAUUUGGCACGGACAAUGGCAGCAUCAAUGAGAUCAGCUUCUCGCCGUGCGGCAGCAAUUUGGCCAUUGUGUCGCAGGACGGCUUCCUGCGGGUCUUCCACUAUGACACGAUGGAGUUGCUGGGCAUCGCGCGAUCGUACUUCGGGGGAUUCCUGUGCGUGUGCUGGAGUCCGGAUGGGAAGUACAUUGUGGUGGGCGGAGAGGAUGAUCUCGUGACGGUGUGGUCGAUGCAGGAGAGGCGAGUUGUGGCGCGUGGGCAGGGCCACAGAUCCUGGGUGUCCGUGGUGGCAUUUGAUCCCUACACCACGAGCUACUCGCACUGGGACGGCCCGGACUUCUCGGACGAUGAGAAUCCCAUUAAUGAUGGGGGCUUCAGAAACUACAGUGGCGAUGAUAAUGACGCGGCACGACGGCCACCGUCCAGCGCCACGGCGGCGGAUAAGAUGGCCACGAGCUAUCGCUUGGGAUCCGUGAGUCAGGAUACGCAACUGUGUCUGUGGGACAUCACGGAGGAUGUGCUGCGACAGCCGGUGGGCAUUCGGCAUCGGCUCAGCUCGCACGAUCCGCAGCAGAAUCUCGUGAAUGGCGAGGCGGAGCGCAAGGGUGCCUCAUCGUCAGCCUCUGGCUCUUCUGUGUCCUCAACAAGUGCCGCCAUGUCCACAGUGUCGAGCGGAGCGUCCCGGGAUGUGGACAAUCCACGCCCGGCGGCGGCGGCCAGUGGGAAGAUUGCCAACUCUGUGGCGAGUGACAGUGCGCCAGUGGCCACGAACAGUGAUAGUAAACAUUGGAACAGCGUGAGUGGGAAGAGUGGCAAGAGUGUGAGUGUGAUUGGGAAUUGUGUGGGCAAUAGUGUUAAGUCAACGGACUCGCCGGACUCAAAGAACGGCAGCAGCAAAUCCUCCGACGGCAUGUCGGCCUUCAACACCCUCACGCAGAGGCUGUCACAUCUGGGCUUCGGCAGUGACAAGGCGUCGAGUCAUCAUCAUGGCAAGAAGACAUUCAGUCUGUCCAAAUCCAGUGCGAAUCAUCACUUUGUGCACAACAACAACAGCGCCAGCAGUCCAGGUGAUUCCGCCAGCAUUGCCACGAGUGGGAAGACGAGAUCUGGCGGCGGCGGCGCUGCGAUGGUUCAGGUGGCGACGAAUGGGAAUGGCGCAGCCGAUGGCGAUGGCAGCAGUGGCGGAAGCAGUGUUGUGGCCACUUAUGAUCCAAUGAAGUUGAUUGGCACGUCGGCGUGUCCGCGCUUCGACGAGUGUCCUGUGCUGGAGCCGCUGGUAUGCAAGAAGAUCGCCCAUGAAAGACUGACAGCGCUCAUUUUCCGCGAAGAUUGCUUCCUCACAGCGUGCCAGGAUGGGAUUAUCUACACGUGGGCGAGGCCAGGAUUUGCGAAUGCUCCUCAGCACGCCGGCUCGAGUCCAUCGGCGCCUCCCGGCGGAACAGUGGUUUAAUACAGUGAAAACCAUGUUUAGGAAAAACAAUGUCUUGACGCAGUUUCACCGCGCGCGGAAGAACUCCAGAUCGUGUGGAGUGUCGGAACAAAAAAAAAAUGGGCCUAUUGAAUAAAAUUCUCAUGCAAAGGGGAGAAAAAGUGAGAGAAAAGCAGGAAAACUCUGUGUCUUCUGGAGGAUCUGAUAUGAGAAAAGAUGAAGAUAAGGAAAAAAGCACGGAAUGGAAAGAGCAGUAAAUUAAAAUAUAAGAUUUCUGAAGUGAAACUGAUUUAUAGGAUAUUAUAUUGAGUGGAAAGAAUGGGGAAAAGAAAAGAAGAAGAAAAAACCUUUUAAAGUAUGAAGAAGAAAAAAACAUGAAAAAUAUUAGUAGAAAAAAUUUUACACACCAAAGAUAACAAAUCUUGUAAUUACUAAUUAUUCUAUUUGAGGAAAGAGAGAGAGAGAGUGAGUUUUCAGAGCAACAAGAGUGCGUGAGUGUGUGAGAGAGAGAGAAAUAUUUAAUUUUUACAAUUACAUUAGUUUCUAAGAAGUAAUUUUAUUUCAUUUGAAUGUCUGACCAUUUGAUUUUCUCACGGUAGAUUUUAUAGUGAAAGCCUGAAGAAAAGUGGUGAGAGCUUUUGUUAGCGCAAGAAUUGUUUUAUAUUUCUUCAGC